CUGUCUUUGAUCGUCACGCCGAUGACAAAUCUGUUUUAUGAUUGAGGAAAACGUCGUGGUUUGAACCCCGUCCGGGACGGAAAUUUUCCCGAAGCAGCCGCUGCACCAUCUCGGUAUCCGGUGCAGCGUCACGCGCGGAGACCGGCACACGCUGGCGUUGGUGCUCCCGGUAGCGCCCGGACCUUCGACCGGAGACCACGCCGAGCAAUUUGCCUCUCGGUGUAAAGGUCACGGCCUGAAUCGAUCGCGCCGCCUCGCCCGGGUGUUCCGGGGGCCUCCUCUUGGCUCCACGCCCACGCUGGUCGGGGGUCGCCCGGCUAGCGGGGCGAAGGUCGCCGCCGCCGCGCGGACCGUGCCGAGGGUCACAGAGCCGGCGGGAGCCGAGCUGCAUCUAUGGCGGACGCGGGGAGCGGGGAGGAGCGGCGGGGAGCGUUCCGCCUGCAGGCUGUGUUGGACGAGUUCCGCGGUUGCGUGGACGAGCGGGGGGACGUGCUGCUGGCGGGAUACCUGCUCGGGUGGAAGGAGCUGGUGAGGUUCAUGAACGGCCUGGGCGCCGUCUUCUCCUUCAUCUCGAGGGACGCGGCGACGAAGAUCAACAUCCUGCAGGGCCUACUCGACGGAGAGGAGGCGCACAACUACCGCACCCUACAGGCCAUGGCCCGACUGGAGGUGGCCCACACUCCGGCAUUCUCUGCAGCACCCGGCCACGUGCACUCGGGCUGCCGCGACUUCCUGCGACUGCACCGCGCGCUGCUGUGGCUGCACCUGUUCCUGGAGAAGCUGCGCACGAGUGACGAGGCCUCGGAGCGGCCCUCCGUCCUGUGCGCCGAGGCGUACGGGGCCUCUCUCGCUCAGCAUCACCCGUGGCUGGUGCGCAGGGCCUCGGCCCUGGCCUUCCGCACGCUGCCCGCCCGCCAGGUCUUCCUGGCCCGGCUGGGCGCAGGCCCCGAGAAGGAGGUUCUGGCCGUGCUGGGAGAGACGGUACCGGCCAUCGUGAAGGUGUAUGACAUCUCGCAGCGCCUCUACGAGCACUACCAGAUCCUCUCCCUGCCGUAGGAAAGGGUUUGGCGAUUCACCCUCAAGUUGGGAAGUUCGGAAACAUGAUGGUAUUGGAUGGCCACUGUCGAUGGAGCUUGCGGGUGUGCGUGGAUCCAUCUGUGCAGAGCUCCCAACGAUGCCCUGUCGUGUGCCUGGUGGAUUUUCUCCAGGUACCGUGGUUUUAUAAAGAAAAAUACUGGAAAGAACUGUGGUUCGAUUUUGACAAAAAUUACGUACCAACCUAUGUCGAUUUUUAUGAAUAAAUUUUCCUCAUGUUUUCAGAAAAUUCAAUAAAGUCACUCAUUUGCACUAAAACAGUAGUUCUGCCUGAUUAUUUUCAUGAAAAAUUCAUUUAUUCUGAAAAAAAUCGAGGAAAAAAACAUCCACGUAGUUAAAAAUAAAAAAACGCUAAAAUUCCAAUGGUUUUCACGAGAAUGGGCUCGCCUAAGUACGGUCCGUUGUUUUAUAAAGAACAAGUAAACCCGUAAAAACAAAGUUUUUCACUCUAAAUCCUUUAUAUGCGUGGCGGCUAGAGUUCUCUCGUCCUCUGGCUUGAGAUGGCUGCAAUCUAUGGGUCAGAUGAUUGUCUGCCAGUAUUAAGCAAUUGGUAAUUAAAUAUUUAAUUAGUUUUCCCUAAACAGUGUAAAAUUUUGGAAAAAAAAUUCACGAAAAUUAAUUGUCACACACAACGAGUCUGUGUGGAAAAUGUCAGCUCGAUUGGAUCACGGGAAGUGGGUUAAACAACGAGCGAAAGAUUUGCACGGUCCUAAGCAAGCAAGCGAACUUAAUAUAAAGGAUUUAAAAAUAUAUUCGCCUGUGCAGGACGCGGGGAUCGAUCCCGCGAACUUUGGCAUGGGAAGCGAGGGCGCUACUAACUGCGCUACUCCACCACGGCCUGUGGAGGGGUUACGCUCUGGGCUCUUGCACUGUGAUGUUCAGCCAAAGCCAUGAAUGCGUUCUAUUUGAAUAUAUGUAAAAUAAUUUUUUUUGGCCUAAAAAGUGUAAAAUUUUGGGAAUUUUUUUUCACGAACAAUAAUUGUCUGGCACAACGAGUCUGUGUGGAAAAUGUCAGCUCGAUUGGAUCACGGGAAGUGGGUUAAAAAACGACCGAAAGAUUUGCACGGUCCUAAGCAAGCAAGCAAGCACGCGAACUUAAUAUAAAGGAUUUAAAAAUACUGGAAAAUACUGUUGUUCGAUUUUGACAAAAAUGACAUACUGUCGAUUUUUACGAAAAAUUAUGCUCAUGUUUUCGGAAAAUUCAAUAAGGAAUUCACUCAUGUGCAUUAAAACUGUAGUUCUGCCUGAUUAUUUUCAUGAAAAAUUAUUUUAUUCUGAAAAAAAUUAAAAAAAUAACAUCCAGAUGAUUGUUGAAAAAUGCUAUAACACGCUCAAAUUUCAAUGGAUUUCACGAGAAUGUGCUCGUAUAAGUACGGCCUAUUGUUUUAUAAAAAAAAUACUGGCAGGAAAUGUGGUUCGAUUUUGACAAAAAUGACGUACUAACCUUUGUCGAUUUUUAUGAAUAAAUUAUGCUCAUAUUUUCAGAAAAUUCAAUAAAGAAGUCACUCAUUUGCACUCAAACUGUAGUUCUUCCUGAUUAUUUUCAUGAAAAAUUAAUUUAUUCUGAAAAAAAUGGGGGGAAAAACAUCCACGUAGUUGUUAAAAAAUAAACGCAAAAAUUCCAAUGGUUUUCACGAGAAUGUGCUCGCCUAAUACGGCCCAUUGUUUUAUAAAGAAAAAUACUGGAAAAUACUGUAGUUCGAUUUUGACAAAAAAUGACAUACUAACCUCUGUCUAUUUUUACGAAAAAAUGAUGCUCAUGUUUUCGGAAAAUUCAAUAAGGAAUUCACUCAUGUGCAUUAAAACUGUAAUUCUGCCUGAUUAUUUUCAUGAAUAAUUAUUUUAUUCUGAAAAAAAUUGAUAAAAAAAACAUCCAGAUGAUUGUUGAAAAAUGCUAAAAACACGCAAAAAUUUCAAUGGAUUUCACGAGAAUGUGCUCGCAUAAGUACGGCCUAUUGUUUUAUAAAAAAAAUACUGGCAGGAAAUGUGGUUCGAUUUUGACAAAAAUGACGUACUAACCUAUGUCGAUUUUUAUGAAUAAAAUUUCCUCAUAUUUUCAGAAAAUUCAAUAAAGAAGUCACUCAUUUGCACUCAAACUGUAGUUCUUCCUGAUGAUUUUCAUGAAAAAUUCAUUUAUUCUGAAAAAAAUGGGGGGAAAACAUCCACGUAGUUGUUAAAAAAAUAAACGCAAAAAUUCCAAUGGUUUUCACGAGAAUGUGCUCGCCUAAUACGGCCCAUUGAUUUAUAAAGAAAAAUACUGGCAGGAAAUGUGGUUCGAUUUUGACAAAAAUGACGUACUAACCUAUG